GCAAACACGCAAAAAGAAACAAAAUAGUACAAAAAAUGUAGGUAAUAAAAUGUGAAAAAUUGGAAUAAUAAAGUCCACCGAUAAUAAUCUUCUCCAUCAUACAACACGGUAGAGUAUUUCAGGCAAAAUAAUUAAUGGAUCAUAUGACAAAAGAGGAGAGUUACGCAGAGAGAAGACUCCUCUUUAAAAAUAUCUGGGAUACAGCCAUGCAGAUUGAUGAAAAAGAUGCCGAUAUUAUGAACAAACCCAAAGUUAUCAAAACUUUACGACUAGACGAAGUGGAUAGAUGUGUUAUAGGUAAAGGGAAGAAGGAACGAAUAAGAAAUCUGCGGCACGUGUGCAAUAAAAUAUUGGACUUUUGCGACCGUCAAGAUGCAGAUGAUAUUCUAUAUGAACAGAUUGCUGAAGGGAAAGAGCCGCCACAGCCAAAAUUGGAGUUGAAACCCAAGAAACUAAGAAUACACCAUCGAGGGAGGAAGAAAAUUAAAAGAGCGAAAAGUUUGUUCACUUCAGCACACAACGCGGGCGACAAAGCCAAGCCUACAACGUCUGAGAGAAAGGACGAGUAUCCCAAAGAUUUCUUGAAGCCUUCCAGAAAUACUUCGCCUACAAAGAUAAAGAGGACGGUUAUCGUUAGAAAGACGUUAGUCGGAAAUAGAACAUCGAAGAUUAAGUCGAGCCCAGACAAUUCAGAUUCUGCUGAUGUACCCGGUAGAGUCAGCAUUACCCGUCGCAAAAUUAUGAGAAAGAAACGCAGUAAACGAAGGAAAACAGCACCUACCGUAUCUCCACCGAGGCCUUCAGGUGCUUCGAAUAAUGUGCGAUAUGUAUCUACCCCAUUAUCAGGACGUGCGAUAGCAAGACGCAUUAAAAACCUACUUACAGGGAAAAAACAGUAGGUAAUUUACUAGUUUUCAGGCUACCCUUAAUGAAAUAUUAGUAAAAUCUAAAAGCACCUCUUUUCGCACCAUUGAUAUAAAUAAAAGUAUUCUCAUGA